CGUAGCUGUGCGUGGCCUGGCUUGGCGGUAUCGCUGGCUCGGGUUUGCGGUGUGGAGGAGGAGGGAGGGUGGUUGUGUUCGCCGCUGCAGCAAAGGGCGUCGGGGGUAAGGAGGGCGGCCAGCCGGCGGAGCAGACGCCGAGGAGGCACGAUGCCCACCGUGGAGGAGCUCUACCGUAAUUACGGCAUCCUAGCCGACGCUAAGGACACCGCUCCGGAGCACAAAGAUGCUUAUCAAGUUAUCUUGGAUGGUGUCAAAGGGGGUGCUAAGGAGAAGAGAUUAGCAGCACAGUUUAUUCCAAAGUUCUUCAAACAUUUUCCCGAAUUGGCAGAUUCUGCUAUAAAUGCUCAGUUGGAUCUUUGUGAAGAUGAAGAUGUUUCGAUACGACGCCAGGCAAUUAAAGAAUUACCUCAGUUUGCUAUGGGUGAUAACCUCCCUAGGGUAGCAGACAUACUUACCCAGCUUCUGCAAACAGAUGAUUCUGCAGAAUUCAACCUGGUUAACAAUGCUUUGCUUAGUAUAUUUAAGAUGGAUGCUAAAGGAACACUCGGUGGUUUGUUCAGUCAGAUUCUUCAGGGAGAGGAUAUUGUGCGAGAAAGAGCCAUUAAAUUCCUCUCCACAAAACUCAAAGCACUGCCUGAAGAGGUGCUCACAAAAGAAGUUGAGGAGCUAAUACUUACAGAAUCAAAGAAGGUGCUCGAGGACGUGACAGGGGAAGAGUUUGUCUUAUUCAUGAAGAUACUAUCUGGCUUAAAAAGCCUUCAGACAGUAAGUGGGAGGCAACAAUUAGUUGAACUAGUGGCUGAACAGGCUGACCUUGAACAAACCUUCAAUCCAUCGGACCCUGAUUGUGUGGACAGACUCUUACAGUGCACUCGCCAAGCAGUUCCACUGUUUUCUAAAAAUGUUCACUCUACAAGAUUUGUGACUUACCUCUGUGAGCAUGUGCUCCCAAAUUUGAGUUCUCUGACCACUCCAGUUGAAGGCCUUGAUAUCCAAUUAGAGGUACUAAAAUUACUUGCUGAGAUGAGUUCCUUUUGUGGGGACAUGGAAAAAUUGGAAUCAAAUCUAAAGAAACUUUUUGAUAAAUUACUGGAAUACAUGCCACUUCCUCCAGAAGAAGCAGAGAAUGGGGAGAAUGCAGGCAAUGAAGAGCCUAAGCUACAAUUUAGCUAUGUGGAAUGCUUGUUAUAUAGCUUUCAUCAACUAGGACGGAAACUUACAGAUUUCCUAACAGCAAAGUUGAACACAGAUAAAGUGAAAGACUUUAAAAUCAGAUUACAGUAUUUUGCUAGAGGACUUCAGGUUUAUAUCCGACAACUUCGUUUGGCGCUCCAAGGCAAAACAGGAGAAGCACUGAAGACAGAAGAGAAUAAAAUUAAAGUGGUUGCACUAAAAAUAACAAACAACAUCAACGUUUUAAUUAAGGAUCUUUUCCACAUUCCUCCUUCAUAUAAGAGUACAGUUACACUCUCCUGGAAACCUGUACAGAAGUCUGAAGUUGGGCAAAAACGAGCCAGUGAAGAUACAUCUUCAGACUUACCAGCAAAAAAGUCCCAAGCUGGCCCCAAAAGAGAUGCUAGACAGAUUUACAAUCCACCCAGUGGGAAAUAUAGUAGUAACCUGGGUAAUUUUUCAUAUGAGCAGAGAGGUGGUUUCCGUAGUGGACGAGGAAGAGGAUGGGGUGGACGUGGUAAUCGCAGUCGUGGAAGAAUCUACUGAAAGCAUUUCCAAAGCCAUUAUUGUAUGGCUAAAGCAUCUUUAAAGUUUGAAGGAUUGUCUGUAGGGGGCUACGUUGUCUAAAAGACUUGCCUUCUGCAAAAGACUGGUUUAAAUGUUCUUACACCUUUGUAUGUAUGAUCUACUUUUCUAAUGGACAAUAGAUUCAGUGAAACAACAACUGUAUUUUUGGAUGUUUAACAGCUGGUAUUUUGAGUUUGUGUUUGUUUUUAAAGCGUCUUCAAGAUUUAUUCAGGAAAAAGCAUGGGUGUUCAAGCUGAAGCUGCUUCCGUACAGAUGUUACAUUCAUCUAGAAAUGUGGCUUAUAAUACAAAGUGGACUGUAUAAUAAUAAAAUACUAGAUAAUGGAUGGAAAUAUUCUAAUUGAAAUGAGUAGGAACUUCUCUUCAAACUGAAUCAUAUUUCCACAUAGGAAAGAAUUAUAUUGCAAAAGAGAAGUACUAUAAACCGCCAAAGGCAUGGUUCAUUGACUGAAUUCUUCGAUUUUUAAAGCGUUCAACAAGAUAACAUGUUAUCUUAAACCAAUCCAAUCAUUUCUGGAGAAAUGUGUUAAUUUUAACAUUAUCUUGCUCUUCUCCAUAUAUGGUUAUACAGUGUAUGUGUUGCAAAUUGAUUUUUAAAAGUUCUGUACAAAUGUGUCUAGGCGCGCACAAAAAAUCCAGUGAAAAAUAAAAUUCAAUCCAGAGAAGUUGAAUCCUGUAGCAAAUAUUAGGGUGGCUAAUUAGUAACCUGAUCCCUGUUAAAUUAAGAUGCUUUUUUGGCCUUGAGCAGCUGUUUCUUUUCAAGACAGUUAAAUGAGUGUUUUAAAAUAAGUAAAAUUACAACAGCUUAAUUGUACUUUGUUUUUUUUUUAAAAAACAACAACACACAAAUAUCUUGGUAAUUCUUCCAAAAUAAAAAGCUCCUUAUGGUAGACAUUUUCAAACCUUUAUUUAAAACAUUGUACUGUAUCAGAUGCAAUUGCUUCAGUGUUUGACAUUUAACUUUGAGAAUUUUUCCCAGUUUUCUUUUUGGACUGAACAUUGUAAGGUGCAGAUGACAGUAUAAAUGUCAGAAAGGAGUAAAAACAUUGAAAUCAAUCCAGCUAGAGUUGGAUUUAAAGAACUGCAAAUUUCUUUUUAUCUUAGACCCAAGCCUUUUUUACCAUUUUGGAAGGCAUAACAGAGUCAAAUUAUUUGUACAUAGACAUUUCUGACAACUUGUAAUGUGUAUUAGCUAAAAUUAGUUUAUAAAAUGGACAGAGAUGCAUUUCUUGGUAACUACAGAUUUCUCUCAUUCUUUUCAGAUAUAGAGAUGUUGAGCAAAAUGAUUCAAGUUAAGGGUCUGCUCUACAUUUGUUGUACUCAUGUUAUAAAGAAAGUGAUUUUAAAGUUUCCAAGUUGCAUUGAAAAAAAGGAUUCUAAUUUGGAGGGGUAAUUUGUGUCUCCCAUUAAGCUAUUAUACUAAAAAUUGACCAAUUCAAACCACAAAUAGUGGAUUAGAUUUUGAAGCAUUUUCUAUUAAUUCAUUCUAUUUGUUAUUUGGACUGUCAGUUUUUAGAAACCCAGCUUUUAUGGAAGUUUAACUACUUUUACUACAUAGAGUUUUGGGAGGGGGCUCUGUUGAGUAAUAGGUUGACAAUAUAGUUCUCGGAAAUAAUGUGCAAAUUGUCAAUUAGAAAUAGCUCUCAUUUUGUGUUAUAAAUGCAGUGAAUUAUUUUGGAGACACCCUUUAACCACUUUUUAUUUGUAAAAUUUCCUUUAUUAUUUUGCAAUAAAUCCAUUUUGUAAUUUU